UCAUCAUCCACCAUGUCAACUCCUCCGGUCAUCGUCCACAUAAUAACCUCUGAAUCAAAACGCAUAAUCAAGCAACACUCACUUCACUUCAGGGUUCUCUGCGUCGUCCCCAUUACUUACUCUAUCUUCAUUUACCCGAUCCUCAAACCUCAACUCCUUCUCCUAGACCAAAAAAGUCUUAUUCUCACGCUCUCUUACACGGCCUAUGUUUUUGUUUUAUCACUCUGUGCUAUAUCCUCCAUUACCUACAGUGUCUUCAAAGGAUUCUACGGUAGACCCGUCAAGUUUGUAUCUGCUAUCAAAUCCGUUUUUAACUCUUUUCUGCCUCUCUUCGUUACCACUUCUCUUUGUCAUAUAAUUUUAUCCGGGGUUCUUGUUAUUUUUGCAGUUUUCUUGUUUUCGGUUGUUAAAUUUGCUGAAGUUGUUGGGUUCGAUCACCAUGAUUACUCUUCUCCUUAUUUUUAA